CCCAGCAAAGAUGGCGACACUGAAAUGAAGAAGAAAAUGGAGGACCCACAAUCCUGUAGUAUUGAUAUAUGUAGGGGUCAAAAACUCAUAGUUACGGUGGAAGAAGCCAAACUUGACCUUCUCCUCGUUACCUAUGAACAUGGCACUCAAGUUUUUCAGGGAGUUUUGCUUGAUUCAACCAAAGGGAGACUUCCCUGUGGAAUAUAUCCUCCAGGGGGUGAAUUCCCACCUAAGCCACCAAAAGACAGCGUACUCUUGUGUGAGAAUGAUGAUAAACUUCACUCGGUAAAACAGCGCCACACUUACUUUCAACAAGACACUACACCAGUAGUUGAUCCAAACUCAAAAGCAAAGAAGGGAGUACAGCUCAGACAGUCUAUCUCCCUCACUCAGCGUUUCAAAAACUCUCGCAUGACGGUACGUUUGAGACCAAGACAAGUGCUAUGUUCCAAAUGCCAGUCUAUAUGCAAUGAAAAAUCUGAAAAUGUUAGUGGAGCAAAAGGCCAACGAGCAACUGAGCCACCAACGGCAGCCAAGUCGGUUACUGAGACUCGUGGAAGCACAAGAAGCUCGCGUGACAAAAGUUCCCAGGAGCAUCAUGGUAAUGGUACAUCACAAAGCAAAAGAGCAGAACGAUCACCUCAGAAGAAUGUACGUUUGGUCCCUAAAUUGGUGAAGUUAAAACCUAGUGAAAUAGAGGCUGCAACAAACAAAGGCGUCAGUUGUUUAAGAAAAGGUUCACAAACUCGCAAUACCCGAAGUGAUUCAGAUUCAUGUGAUAGUGAAGUAAGUGUUGGUUCAAGUGCUGCCUAUUCUGUGUCUGGAAAUAAUAGUACUUUAGGUGGCAAGGUGCCAAAAUUAAAAUUAUCAACUAACCUUUGUGCAGCCGAUUCAUCAGAGGCAAGACGAAAGGGUCGCAUUCCAAAGAUGACUAUAUCAACUCUUAACCUUGCCCUGCAAUCCAGUGAAGCUUACAGAGAAAAUUGGGAAGGUGAGAAUAGUGAAAUGAAAAACCAGAGUAUACCUAAAAUGAUAUUGUCUACAUCAGGCAUUAUGUCAGAAAACGUCAGUGAUAAAAAAGACAAAGAGAGUGGGAAAAUUAGAAAACAGUCGGACUCAAGUGAGGCACAAAUUGAUGCUAAGGAAUUGAGAUUGAGAUCAGGCAAUGUACACAAGUUGACAAUCACAGCUGCUGGACAUCAGGACUUUGGAGAAUCAUUAGCUGAUAGGGUAUCUCCCAUACCAAAGUUAACAAUCCUUCCUUUAAUUCAAAAGAAAGAUAGCCAAGAGGAGAAGGACCUUUGUGAUAUGAAGCAUCAUAAAGUAGGUAAGAUAUCCUUAGAGGAUUCCUUACCUGAAAAAAUGAGCCUAAGAAAAAAACGUUCCUUGGGUUCAAUGGAAGAUUUAUGGGAUGAAAGUGUCUUUGAUGAAACUGCAAAGAAACACAAAAGAGAAGACACAGAGGAAGGUAAAGAAGGAAUUGAUACUCAGAAACUUACAAGUGAAGACAAGGAGGGACUAGAGGGAGACAAACCAAAAGCAACUCCAGUACUUAAAAUUUCUUUUGGACCAGAAGGAAAAGGAACAGUUCUGAAGAUUCCGUCUAAGAGUACAGUUGUUACUAUUAAUACUCCCGAAGUAGAUACGGAAGAAGAGAUGACAAAAAAAUAUAAAGACAUGAAUGCAAAAGCAGCUAAAAAGGCAUUGAAAAAGGCCAAAAAAGAAGCUCAGAAGAAAACUGUUCUUGGUGGAGCUUCACCUGCAUACAUUAUGGGAGGAAUGUCACCAAGGUUUGGAGGCAUGUCACCUCUGAGGCUUGGUGGCAUGUCUCCAGCAAGAUUAGGAGGUUUCUCACCUGCACGAUUUGGUGGUACAUCUCCAGCUCGAUUUGGAGGUAUGUCCCCGGCUAGAGCCGCUGCAGUUGAUCUUUCAACUCGUGAUUUGCCUCCAAAAAAACACAAGCAUAAAGUUAAACACAAGAAAAAGCAUAAAGAUGAACGUAGACAUAAAUCACCGGAGGAAAACAAAUCCCAGAUAGAACUCAAAGAAGACCAUAAAGAUGGCUCCUUACAUCUAUCUGACCCAGUUGAUCCAGAUAUCCCAGUUGAAAAUAUUACUCCAGAUUUACAGUGGAACACAUCUGAGGGAGUUGAAUAUCCUGUUGAUCAGUCUUCACAACCUGCUCUUGGUCUUACUCAAGCUACCUUAAACUUGCAACCAGCUUCUAACUCAGGGAUUCCGUUGCAACCUUCGCGACAUAAACUUUCAAUAUCAAUAAAAAGAGUGAGUAAUGCUAGUUAUGUAGCAUGUGAUUCGAGCCAUUCUGAUGGGGAAAGAACUGUCACCCCAACUAACACUAGUUGUAAUGAAGACAUAAUUGAAGAUAAACCUCAUGAAAUAUCCUUUGAAGUGGAUGACAUCAGACAGGAUAAAUCUCAGACAGUAACAUUGGAAGCAGAAGAGUAUGGUAAAGAAGCUUCUUCAGAAUUAUCUCAGUCUUAUGAAUUGGAGAGUGCCAGAACUGAAAACCUGGCAUCAUUAAUAGUCGAUGCAAUUGAUGACAGAAGUGAUCGACCUCCAGCAACCACAUAUGGAAUGGACACCCCAGAACCAUCCCUCCCAGGUAGUGAUUCUCCUGGUAGUGAUGAUGCAUGCAAUGGGGUAGUUCCAGACUUUCCCAGCAGCGCUCCAAAUAUUGAAGGAAUUGAUGGCCAACCAAGUGCUGCUCUCUUGAUGAAACUCAGCUGGCAAGAGGUGGAGCAAUGUGAGGUUGGAGAGGGAAGAGUUAUGGCUGUUGGAGAUGUCGUUUGGGGAAAGAUUCACGGCUUUCCAUGGUGGCCAGCUAAGGUGAUGGCAAUCCGUGUAUUGCGUGAAGGAAGUGGUGAUACCAAGUGGCAGCAGGCACAUGUCAGUUGGUAUGGCUCAUCUACAUCUUCUCUUAUGCCAGCUAAUACUUUGCAGCCAUUUCUUCACAUGUUCAAGAUGAGAUAUAACAAGCGAAAGAGAGGACCAUACAGAGAAGCCAUCAAACAGGCAACUUGUGAAGCAGAGCAAACUUUAUCUAAUAACUUAGAUUUUGACGAUAGAGUGGAGCAGCAGCAACAUCACCAGCAACAUCAGCAGCAUCAACAACAUCAACAACAAAAACAGCAUCAGCCACUACAACAGCAGCAGCCACAGCAGCAACACCAAACUCCUGAAAACCUGCUUAGUGCAUCCCCCCGUGAAGUGGAUGUUGUUAGCUGAGACAUGCAUGUGGUAAGAUUCAGGAUGGGUUAGAUUUUCAUCUUGUUUACUGAAGCAACAAAUAAGCUUUAAACAUAUUCUUAUAUAUUACAUUAUUUCUUGAAUAAUUAUUCAUUUUCAUACAGUGUUAUAAAGAAGAGUAUUCCAUAUAACAUCAGUUUUAGUCCCCGUGGUGCUGUUGAAGGUGUAAACUAAUGAUAUAGACAUAAUAAAUGCAGUCUUCAUGUAUUAUUUUGCUAAGUAUUGCAAACACAAAUGUUUACUUGAAGUCUAUAUGAAAAUAUUGCAAUUAAUUUUGGUGCUUAAGAAAAUUCCUAUUCUCUUUGUUAACACUGUGAUAGACAAUAUUAAGUUUCAGAUAUCAGUUCCUAAAGAUUUUCCCCCAUAUAUCAGUUUAUUGAUAACUUUCACAAAUUUAUUGUUGACCUUUAGUUUAUUAUUAAAUACCCUGUAGUACAUAUUAUUUCUUCAAAAUUUGUUUUUACAGCAGAUAUCUGAUGAUCACUGUUUCUUGUUAUAUUUCUUUUUCUACUGUAUGGAAUAUAUUUUACUUCAGUAGAAUGUGUUUAGUUUGCAUUAAAAUACUUUUGUGACAGACGAAAUGUUUAUCUACAGCAAGUAUUGAUUCAAUCAAUCAAAGACUCUAAAAUUCACCAGAGAUCUCGAUGUCUACCAUUCAAUUGAAAUGUGUUGCCCUUUUGCUCAAACAUCCAUGCCCUAUAUCAGUUGGUAGUGCAUCCUUAAACAUUAAUAUUUAUUCAUGUGUAAAUAUGAUGUGAACUGCAAUUAUAAAUAUUUGUACUCAACAGGCCGAAGAAAUAUUAAACAUACACAAGUGUGCACAUUCACCCUUUGUGUUUUGAUUCAGUGAAUAUAAAUCUUUUUUGUUUCUUCAUUUGACUGUGAUAAAUAGAACAUAAAGAUUAAGAAGAGUGGGACUAAACAAAUAAAGUAUUUUUAAAGUACAGAAGUAUUUCUAGCACACUUCGAUGAACAUCAGUUAGAUAGUCUUUUGAGUUGCUUUAAGGGCAUUGCAUUUUUAUAUUUUAGGAGUGGUGUUUACAUUUGUCAUUAGCACUCUUUCAAGUUUCAUGUUUGUGUAAUACUGUCCUGAAUUGUGAGGAUGCCAGAAGACAUAUGUUUAUUUUUUCAAAACUUUUUAGCUACAAGAUAAUUUACCAAACUGUGAUUUUUCCAGAUGACCGGUAACUUUAGGAGAGUCGGGUGUGCUGCAAACUCAGUUUAGCACACUCAUCUAUUUUAUUACUGUAUUAUUGAAUUCAGUUUUUUUUGCAGUUUCAUGAACAAUAUACUGUACAUGAAUUUUCCCCUGCUAAUAUAAUGGUCUUGAUAUGGUUUAAAGGUAUAGAAGUGGUGGGAUAAUGGAGUUUGAGGCACAGGAACCAGAUCAAUGAACAGGAUAUCAUGAUUAGCAAAAAUCCACUGUGAUCAAGUGGGUGGCAUGCUGCAGUAUUAAUAAUUUAGAAGGAAAGAUUUAACCUUGUUCUAGAGUGAUUCAAGUCCAUUGCUAGGAUGGUACUCUCUGUGUAGUGUUCAGUACAGGUAAAGCUCCCCAUUGCUUCUUUAUGUCUAAUCUUAAGCCUAUUUUCCAAAGGAGUAUAUUACAGAUUUAAGGAAAUGGGAUAAAGUUUCUUUAAGAAAUAAAAGGUGAAAUUGAUUUUCCAUGAGUUGGGCUUGAUGGUUAAUUUGAAUCGUGGGUCAGGUAAAUGUUAAAACACGUUAUUUUACUGAUAGAACAAGAUGUAACAAGUUGAGCCAUUAACACAAGUGCCAUAUUGCAUAAGGAAUGAAGCAUUUACAUCAUGGAAAUAUUAGUUGUCGGGGUCAUAUAAAAUAUACAUAAAAUGAAAAUUAAAAAGGCUAAAGAAAAAUAUGUAAUGCACUGUACUGUAUUUAUACUAAAUGACAGUUUGUAGAUAGAUAAGUCAUACUAUUGUCCCAAAAGUGAGUUACAAAAAACACCAACAAUUAGAUGACCCAAGUCUAAUGUACGUUAUUAUUCCAAAUCAUAGACCUCAUUAAACAUAAUGUAUAAAGUUCAAAAGAGUUAUAUAGCACAUUCAUUAGUUAUAAUGGCAUUUAUGUACAUAUACAGUAGUCUUAUAUAAAAAUAUGUUUUUUAAAUAUAUCUAAUGUUUUUUAUAUUUGACAUCUACUGAUGUCAUGUAGCAGUGAUAUAUAUAUAUAUAUAUAUAUAUAUAUAUAUAUAUAUAUAUAUAUAUAUAUAUAUAUAUAUAUAUAUAUAUAUAUAUAUAUAUAUAUAUAUAUAUAUAUAUAUAUAUAUAUAUAUAUGAGAGAUAGUGUAAGUUGUUGUAUCAGCCAUCAUAAUACAUGACCUUCCUACAUAUUCUUUUGAAUGUCAUGCUUACCAUCAAAUCGAAGUUAUAUUUUAUUUUCCCUAAUAUAGCUGUGCAUUAUUCAGAUCUUUGUUUUUGUUUGAGUACAUGAUGACUAACCAAAUUCUAGAUUAUAUACGGUAUAAUUAUUUUGUUUUUUGGUUGCAUCAAUACAAUAGAUAUCAGAAUCCUUUGUUAUAAAUAUACUGCUCGAGGGAAUACAUUAGCGAAAUCUCUAACUUGGACUAACUGUGACAGCACCCAGACUGAGGCACAAGUACAUUAAAGCAGAUACCAGAGUAUAGAGGACGAGUUCCCCAAAAUCACGGACACAGAAUCAUUAUUCUUGACACCUAUAAAUGGGAAAGGAGUCCUCUCUUAAUACAAAAAGGUAAAAAUAAUAAUUAUUAGGCUGUGCAAAGGUGUUGAGGUACUAUCAUGUAAGCAUAUACUGGACUGUACAGUAUAGUAGUGCCAAUGCAAACCUCUUGGUGCACUCACUUGUACAGUUCUCUGCUAUGCCCAAACAGUACUUACUAGAUGAUAUGUGGUGGGCUGAGGCUCAUGUACACAACCACAAUGCUUCUCUCUUCUCAGGUCUAAAGUCAUGUCUUUGCCUCCAUUAUUGGAUUUUACUUUUAUCACCUUCAGGCAUCAAGUUUGACAUGUUGCAAUGUGAACUGACCUCUAUUUCUUUUUCUUCCAACUUAACUUGAUUUGAUCUUAUUUGAAUAAAUAGUCACUUAAAUCAUACACUCACAGGAAAUUGGAGUCAAUGACACUCAAGUCCAACAGUUUACAGUCACACCACAUGUGUGUGUGUGUGUGUGUACACAUGUAGAUGCAAUGCAGUACUGAACUUACAAUAAAAUAUACUAUUAAAUUCCAGUAUACUAUAAAAUAUACACUUGUAUAAUACCUGUCACCUUUGCCAAUUUUAUAGGAUUCAAUAAUCCUGUAGGUAUCAUAUGGAGGCACAUCACAAAGCUCAAGAUAAACAGCAGGAAGUGCAAACCUCAUUUUCAAGCAUAUAUGCCUUAAAGCCAAGUGGCUCCUGCAAAUGCCUGCUUUGUUUGGGAUAUGUAGGUUGGUGACCACACCAUAAUAUAUCAGCAAGGCUAAUUGGUUAAUGUUUUAAAUAAUUAGUCCUCCAUAUUACACCCAUCCACUUUAAAUGGAUAUCAGAUAUAAAUGUUGCCCCAAGAGGCAAGAAACCUUCUUAACACUGAGUCCGCCCAACCAAUGCUCACUGCAUUAAGACUUACACACAGUUUUAGGUUAGCUUACUGUUUUGAAAUUAAUUUCCAGCUGGCCAUUAGUGAAGGCUAAUAUUCCAAACCAGCUAUCCCCCAACAUGUUUACUUCUUGAAAAGCUAAGUAAAGUUUCAUUACACCUCUUGCAGCAACCCUCCUGAGUGACCAUGCUGGGUGGCAAAGCUUGGCUCCAUUCAUGAUGACCCCUACUUUUGUGUGACAAACAGGAAACAGUUUAUGGGGUCUGAAAGUUGUGGAAAGAGUGAUAUAGAAAUUGAAAAGGGAUAAGUGUGGAUGAUAUUGAAAUGCAGUUUGGAUUAAUGCCAGGCUAGGGAAAGAGAGAAAACAGUAAUUUUUAGAUUUGAGAAGGGUUUGUCAAGGUGCCACAUGACGGCAGCAGAGAUAUUUAAGAAAUGGGAAGUUGGAAUAGAAUCAAAGCUUGAGAGUGAAUGUGACCAAAACAAAUGUGUAUAAUGGAAAGUGGCCAUAAGCUAUCUGUAAGAAAGGUAUUGGUAGCAACUCGAUACUAUGCAGGGAAGGUGGGUAUACAAGAGGUGCUGUGAUGUAAAUAGCAAACUGCAAGAUAUUCUUGAGUUUUAAGUGAUCUGUAUGAGCAGUUAAUUAUUUGGCCGUAACAAGGCUCAGCAAAAUUGAAACAUGGAAAAUUUAUAUUUGGCCCACAAAUAAUACAAUGCUACAGUUGCUGGAUAUGUCUAAUGAGCUGUGACCCUCCAUACUUCACCUCUGGCAGUAUAUAUCUGCAAAAGAUUAAAAAACUUUGGGAAAGACGAGAAAGUCAUGCGAUUCAUUGCCUCCUUUUGCUUGUAAUAGUUCUAGACCUUUCUUAUAUCAUUUCCCAGUUUAGGAUACUGUAUCAUGCUGCUGCUUUGAUCAGUUGGAAGAAGGUACAAGGGAUCCACAAUCACCUCAUGGGAUUUAGGAAAUUAAUUUGGGUUCACUCGAGCAAGCAAAGUGAAUGCAUGAUCCCUGGGCCACUAAGGAGACAGAAGAUUCAUAGAGGAAUACUGUACAAGGGCUCUUCACCAUAAGGUUCAAUAGCAACUUGAAUCAGAGAUUCUUUGGUACAUUGUAUACAAGAUAUACAAGAAGGUCCCACUUAUUGAGUGUCAUAGUACUUAAAGCAGUCUCUACUAACAAUUGCCUCUGCCAUAUCUCCCGAGCGUUAAAUUCUACAGUACUGUAUUUACAUACAGUAAACUCAGUUAACCGACUCAACAUUCUACAAAUUGUUCUUACCUAUAGUUGUAGGCUGCAAACUGACAGCUCUUGCUAUGUCCACAGCUGACUGUCCUCCUUCAAAUAUCUUUACAUCUAAUUUAACACUUUUCCUCUUCUUUUCGUGACCACAAGCUGUAGUGGGGCAUAAUGCACAUUUAGUACUCAUUGUUCUAGGGCUUAAAUAAAUUUAUAAUUGGUUUUAAGUGAAUGUUGUUUGAGCAUCAACCAACUGCCAAACAAUAACAAAUAUGGCACCCGUACUGGUCACUUACACAGCCGAGCGCCUUCGUACCGAAUCUUUAAAAUUAUCGUACAUUUACCAUUUUCAUAAAAUUUUCCAUUUUUUUGUACAGUACAGUACCUCGAUUAUCCGACAUCGGCUUUUCUGACUCGCCCCUUCCCCAUAUAGCUCGGUUAAACGAGGGUCUACUGUAGUAUACUAUCACAUUUCAAUGCAUAAAUAAGGCUUUGCUAAAAUGUGUUUUUUUAUACACACAAUAAGAAAUAUGAGAUUUGCUCAAAGCUGCAUCUCUGCUGCAAUCAUCUGUUGUAUUACUGCCCAGCACCAUUAAUUAUUUGUAAAUGAUCCUAAAACCAAGAUACAGUAAAUAAGGAACAAGACAACUCAAGCCAUAAACAACAGAGUUCAACAAUCAAUUCAGGGAGGAUUAAAGAACUCCUAGGGCUAAAUCAACACCCACAGCAGCCCAGACUGAUACUGUGGCAGCUGGGGGCAAUGUAACACAAAGUUUUCAAGACGAUUUGCCAGAGCAAUUAGAAAUAAACAAAUGCAAGAACAACCUUGUUAUAAAGCAUCUGCAGUUGAAGUAGAGAGAAGCAGAUGAACCAAGAGUUAGACAGUUGCUCAGAAAUCAGGUCAACUUUGUAGAUGAGUUGCACAUCACAAAUGUGGAUGAUUUUAUAAAUGCACAGUACAGUUAGUAAAAAAUACCUCCCUAAACAUGAGCAGAGGGGUAUCUUGAAGAAAUCACAGAAGCUCCAAUAAGCAGAACACAACAAUGUCUACAUCACCCAUGACAGAGCUCAGAGACACCGGGGGUUAGGUUACACAUCGGUCUGCCCUUGAAUGCACCUCUGGGCCGGUCACAUGCUCAUGGAGGAUUUAAUUUCAAAGCCUGUCCCUCACAGUGUUGCUACACUGUGAUGGAGAUGCUGCACUUGGUCUGCUGCAUCUUUGUCACAAAAUGGGCAUCCAUAUCAUAAUAUAUCGAGGGAAUUUAAGUCGCCAUGCCAUUGCAAAAUCCCAUUAUAAUGCACAUAAUUGUGCAACUACUGUACAAUAAACUGUUAAAAAUAGGAUUUCAGGAUCAGUUCUUCAUUUCUUGACUUGUACAUUUUCCAGUUUAAAAACUGCUGAAGGUGUGCAUCAAACACUUGCUUCACUCGUACUGUCUCGUCACCAAACACAACACAACAAACCCCCCACUGAAUUUUGGGAAAAUAUAUUCAGUACUUUAUGUAGUGAUGUAAUAAAGUAUAAAAUUAAUCCACCUUUACAGUGAGAAUCCCUAACUUAUUGGGGUAGUUGCCAGUGGCCAUUACGAAACACUAAUUAUUCUAUCCUAAAAAUAUUAACAAACUCCAUUGAAUUACGACAAAAUGUGAAUACUAUACAGGUACAGUAAUUUUUCUUGUUAGCCAGAACAAUUGGUGCAGAGCACUUCUGGGUUUAAGUUCAAUUCUUUUAUGCUCGGAAAAAAUUGCACAUCUACGGAAUUUUUCAUGCACUGGUGAAUGUUUCUACGUCCAAACUACGCAUCUGGCAUGUAACACCAUUAAUACAGAGGCUUAACUGCAGUUGGACAGACAGAGAGCAGUAUUUAUUUAUGCAAACAUUACUGUACAUGUACAAUGUUGCAAACACAAAAUACUCAUGUACUGUACUACAGUCCUGUAUACUCUAUGCUCCCACAGAUUUUUUUCUGUCUCUUUCAGCAAUGUACACAUGCUGUAUGUGUACACACCCUCUACACACUAGGAUGCAGUAUGCAUACACUGUCUACUCUGCUAUGCACAGUACUUAAGGUACUCUCACACUUAAUGUAGUGCAGAAUACGUAACUGUAAUUACUUUUUACGUCAACACGGUUUUUACUGUAUUCUUGGCUGAUUGUAUCCUGGUACAGUACUGCAUAACACAGAUUGUUUAUGAAAACUGCAGAGUGAGUGAGCAAGCUUGUACAAUGGCAGCAGACUGAACUAAAUGCACCAUGAUGCUAGGGUUUGAGGAGAUAGGUUGGGAGAUGCUUCGGCCAAUCACUGACAUCCCAUGCAGUCACAUGGCAGCAGUAGCCAAUAACAGCACACAAGCCUAUGGCUUAACGGACUAACCCCAAGCAGCUAGCCCACCCACAAGUCCAGCACUGGCGCAUAAUGAAAAUCUCUUGGAAAUUCUUUUAAAUGCCUGCAACAUAGAGAUUUUUCUUAGAAUACAGAAUUCAAUUUUUUUCCCCUGGUAAUGGAAAGUUCUGGGUAUCGAAGAUUUCAGCUAACAGGGAUGUUACUGUAUUCAUGAAUAGGUUAAUGGGGGGUCUGGAGUUUGCCGGUCUUGCACCAUCAACUACUGUACAGUUCAGUAUAGCCAACUGUGCUGUGGCGAGUCCAAGAUGUAUACAGCUUGAAAGCUUUAGUUGGAUUACCACUUUCUUGACCACUGCAAAUUAUAAGGUGCAGAAGAUGCGAGUUAGGGAGUUGCUAUUAUAUGUAAUUUUACAAUGCAAUACUUAAAACUGUGUUAAUACCAUACUGUACUGUAGUGCUUAACGCAUAAAUUUUUUAAGACUGUUCAAUACCUGUUCAUUACAUUUUAUUUUCCCAUACUAUAAUUAGUUUAUUCAGUACAUACAGUAUAGCCUAGUAUUGUGUGUUUAUAGUAUAGCAUAGACAAAUGUUAACGUUUGCAAUUUCACCUAAUGUUACAAGUUUUUCCCCAAAUCUGUAUAGUAUUUAUUUUCUAUUACUAUUAUUACUACUGAUAAAUACUUUAAUCAUAUAUACAUAUAUAUAAUUUCUUGACUCCAUAAUAUUAUGUUAGUACAUAUAUCUCUAAAGUUAAUUUUCAAGAGCUGAUCAUCUGUUAACCUGGAUACAGUGAUCUACUAAGCAGGGUAUUACAAUUAAUGGACCUCAUUAUGAACUCACUUCAUCAAUAAACAUUCUUCAAGUAUUAUUGUGAUUGUCAGAUGAUUUGUGCCAUUCAUCAAGUGUAUGUGUGUGAGUAAUUAUUUACAAUAAACCAUGUUAACUAAUGUCCCAUACUUAAGAUAAAUAUACACUUUCUUCUG